CGCUGGCCCCAUCUCUCACUAGCCAGACGCCCGGAGAAGAACAACACAGCGGACGAGGUAGAACCCCAGGAUCUGGGACAGAUACAGGACCCCUAACUUCCUCCUGUCCUCUUUCCCCACACGCACAGCAGCCUAGCAGCCCGCGCGCAGCGGCAACGCGCUGGGAGGCAGGUGGUCAAGGUGAUGCGAGCAGGUGGCUGGGCGUCUUGGCUCUGGAGGCAGAAGUAGAGCCCAGCGUGCAGUUAGGGACCGCGUGUUAGAGCCCACCCUGUGCGCCCAGGGACCCCUUGGCUCGAGGGAACACCUGCUGCUUUGCUGCCCCGCCGGAAUGAGCCCCUUGGCGUCUCUGCUGCUGGGCACGGCGCUGCUCUGCGCACAGGGCGCUUUCGGCAGACGGGUCGUCAGCGGACAAAAAGUGUGUUUUGCUGAUUUGAAGCAUCCGUGCUACAAAAUGGCCUACUUCCACGAGCUGUCCAGUCGAGUGAGCUUCCCGGAGGCACGCCUAGCUUGUGAGAGUGAGGCGGGAGCCCUUCUUAGCCUUGAGAAUGAGGCAGAGCAGAAGUUAAUAGAGAGCUUGUUGCAAAACCUCACAAAACCCGGAGCAGGUAUUUCCGAUGGUGAUUUCUGGAUAGGACUCUGGAGAAAUGGAGAUGGACAAACAUCUGGUGCUUGCCCAGAUCUCUACCAAUGGUCUGAUCAGAGCCAUUCGCAGUACCGAAAUUGGUACGCCGAUGAACCUUCCUGUGGAAGUGAAAAGUGUGUUGUGAUGUAUCAUCAACCAACUGCCAACCCUGGCCUUGGGGGUCCCUACCUUUACCAGUGGAAUGAUGACAGAUGCAAUAUGAAGCACAAUUAUAUCUGCAAAUACGCACCAGAAAUUAAUCCAACAGCCCCUGUAGAAAAGCCUUACUUUACAAAUCAGCCAGGAGACCCCCAUGAAAAUGUUGUCAUUACUGAAGCAGGCAUAAUUCCCAAUAUAAUUUAUGUUGUGAUACCAACGAUACCAUUGCUCUUAUUGAUACUGGUUGCUUUUGGAACCUGCUGUUUCCAGAUGCUUCAGAGAAGUAAAGGAAGAACAAAAACAAGCCCGAACCAGUCUACACUGUGGAUUUCAAAAAGCACCAGGAAGGAGGGUGGCAUGGAAGUAUAAUAAGUCAUUGACUUGUUCACUCCAGAGAAGGAAAUCGUUUUGUAAUUCUGGAUCUGUGUAAGGAAUGGCAUCAGAAUAUUAGCUUGGGAUGGCUUGAAAUGGGUCUGCAAGAUCAACUGUAAGCUUCUCCUUGAGACAAACAUUAAAAUCAAUUUUAUAUGUUUAUUAUUUCAUUUCUAAAAUAUGCUGUGCUAAAAAGGAGUGAGACAUGCUUAUUUUGCUAAAGGAUGCACCCAAACUUCAAGUCAACGGAAUGGACCAUGCAGCUAAGACUGCCAGCAGCACAUCAAGAGUAUGUGUGCUGGAAGCAGUUAAUUUUUUUCUUUCACUUUUCAUAAAUGGUGAUCUUGUUAAUGUAAUGUAGUAUGUACAUUACAUUUAAGUGUAAUUUACAGUGUGCAAAAUGUUACACGACAUUUACAUUUACUGCGUAACAUAGAGUGUGCAGAAUAUAUUACCUUUACAAAAGUGUUUGAUAAAAAUGGACUGUCCUAGUAUUUAUUUUUAUGGUGUUUCAUUUUUUAAUACAUGCUGUUUUGAUUAAACAAA